UACAGUUAUUGCCAACAGUCAGGAGUACUAGUGACGGUUGUUUCCAACAGUCAGGAGGACUAGCGAUGCUGGUUGACGCCCUGGACAUCUGGGAGAGAAUGGAGAGGUAUAUUGUGCUGUAGAUGGUCCAUGAAGAAAUUAUGGAUCGUUGGUCUGGUGGAGACGCACGUACCGUGCGUCGUUCCGCCAUGUAGGUUGCCAUUUCAGGCGAAGACGACCUCCUGCUUCGCCCGUUUGGCGUCAAUGUCUUGAGCGUGGGAUAUUGACUUUUUUGUGGUAGCCUAGGAACUGUCGGCUUCUGCAGCGUCAGUGUCGAGAACUCAUACAAUUAUCCUCAUCUGAUCUGCCCCCGUGCAACAAGUGUCGAUGCCAUGCGUACGGUAUGUGGAAGUUCGUGCGUCAGUUCCCGCUAUCUAGUUUUCAGGCAGGCCACAGUGCGUAGACCGGAGGCAGCCUUGCUCCUCAGAACCGUGGAAAGGGAGCCACCUGAUUUGGUAACAGUUUUUUGUACACCAGAUACCGAUACAGCCGUGGGGAGGCGGGCUGGGGCCUCAGCGGCCACGACAACCAACCAUCCGCGUUGCAUGUCCGUUUUUGAGGGUUUCUACUUACGCAGUACGACCUGGUUCUACUCGCGACGAAAGACUCUGUCUGUAGGUAUCGCAACCGCUACGUUUCUACACGUAGAUAGGAGCCGUGAAGCGGGCAGAACGACAACGGUGCGGGAUGCUGCAUGA